AUGGGUAAAAACGAUUUCCUCACCCCAAAAGCAAUCGCCAACCGAAUCAAAGCAAAAGGGCUCCAAAAGCUUCGAUGGUAUUGUCAGAUGUGUCAAAAACAAUGUCGUGAUGAAAACGGGUUCAAAUGCCAUUGCAUGAGCGAAGGCCACCAACGUCAAAUGGAAGUUUUUGGUCAAAACCCUAAUCGGAUAGUUGGUGGUUACACCAAUGAAUUUGAAUCCAUGUUCCUUGAGCAUAUGAAACGUAGCCAUAGAUUUAGUCGAAUUGCAGCCACUGUGGUCUACAAUGAGUACAUUGCAGACAGACACCAUGUUCACAUGAAUUCAACUCAAUGGGCUACUUUAACCGAGUUUGUAAAGCAUUUGGGAAAAACAGGAAAAUGUAAGGUGGAAGAGACACCAAAAGGUUGGUUUAUCACAUACAUAGAUAGAGACUCCGAAACACUUUUGAAAGAAAAGUUGAAAAACAAGAGAAUGAAAGCCGAUAUUGUGGAUGAAGAGAAGCAAGAGAGGGAGAUCAAAAGGCAAAUUGAGCGAGCCGAACAAUUAAUGGGGAGUGACAAAGUCUUAGAAAACGAAGAUGCAAAGUUGUUGUUGAGGUCUGAUAAUGGUGGUGAGAAGAAGAUUAAGCUAAGUAUUGGUUCUUCAAUGAAAAAUGUUAAAGGGGAGGGAAGCUCGAGGUUUGUUUUUGAUGAGGUGGAAAACGUGGAGAAAGUUGAGAAAGACAAGAAACAAAAGACAGGUGGCGGGUCGGCGUUGGAUGAGUUGAUAAGAGAAGAAGAGAAGGCGAAAGAGAGGAGUAACAGGAAAGAUUAUUGGUUGUGUGAGGGUAUUAUUGUAAAAGUGAUGAGUAAAGAUUUGGCUGAGAAAGGUUAUUAUAAGCAAAAGGGUGUGAUUCGUAAGGUGAUUGAUAAGUAUGUUGGUGAAAUUGAGAUGCUUGAGAGUAAACAUAAGUUGAGGGUGGAUCAAGAAGAGCUUGAGACUGUUAUUCCUCAAAUUGGUGGGAUUAUUGAGAAGGGUGUGUAUGAUGGAAGGGUUAUUCAGGCAAUUGAAUAUGAAGACAUAUGCAAAGUUGUUCAAUGA